UCGUCCACUUUGCUUUGACCUCAACUCCUCUCUCUCUCUCUCUCUCUCUCUCUCUCUCUCUCAGCCCGGCCGCCUCUCUCUUUCUGGGUCUCUGUUUGAAGGACUCCUCGUACUAUUCCGAAGCAUCUCUUUGGAAGAAGUUUCUUUGUGUCACACUGGCAUCAACCACCGGACGAUUCCAAAUGUUGCCGAUUAACUCCUCUCAAAAGCUUUCCUUCACAAAAUCCAUCGAUCAUGGGGAUCUGGUCAUAAUUUAUGAGAGACAUGAUACAAUGAAGGCGGUCAAAGUGAGUGAGGGAUCAUCCUUUCAGAACCGCUUCGGCAUGUUUAAACACUCAGACUGGAUCGGGAAGCCAUUUGGGUCCAAGGUUUACAGCCACAAGGGUGGGUUUGUGUACCUAUUAGCUCCAACUCCCGAACUUUGGACACUGGUUCUGAGCCACAGGACUCAGAUCCUUUAUAUUGCCGACAUCAGUUUCGUGAUUAUGUACUUGGAAAUAGUUCCGGGUUGCUUGGUUCUCGAGUCUGGGACUGGAAGCGGGUCCCUCACAACCUCUCUUGCCAGGGCCGUGGCUCCUCACGGCCACGUCUACACAUUCGAUUUUCAUGAGCACAGAGCUACUUCUGCUAGGGAAGACUUCGAGAGAACAGGAGUGAACAGCAUAGUCACGGUCAGUGUUAGAGACAUUCAGGGUGAGGGAUUCCCUGAAGAAUUCUGUGGCAGGGCCGAUUCAAUCUUCUUGGACCUUCCUCAGCCGUGGCUGGCAAUACCUUCAGCAGCUAAGAUGUUAAAACCGGAUGGGACCCUGUGCUCUUUCUCACCUUGUAUUGAGCAAGUCCAGCGAUCAUGUGAAGUUCUUCGAACAAACUUUACAGAUAUUAGGACUUUCGAGAUCCUCCUUCGCACGUAUGAAGUUCGAGAAGUGAAGAUGGACGCCUGUCGGGAUAGCAAUAAUGAGUCUCCUAAGAAGCCCCCUUGCAAGAGAAGACAGAUGAUUGGAGCGAACAAUGGUGAUGAUAUAUCAAGUCCUACGGUGAUGGCAAAGCCUUCCAGCGAGGCUAGAGGGCACACCGGUUAUUUAACCUUUGCAAGACUCAAGUGUUUGUAAUACACUUCAAAAAUUCCAAUUUUGUGGUUUAACUGCUGUUAGACAUUCAUGUGGUUCAUUUGUUUCAUUACUAAUCAAAUUGUAAAACCACCUCAAUAAGGGAUGCAAUAUUUAAUGCAUUGAUCAUUGAGUUUA